AGACGGAGGCGCCGGGACGCUUCGCUGCACCCGCUUGCCGGCUCUCGGAGGGUUAAACAAAGCGUGAACGAGAUGGGGUAGUUUAUUUCGCGAUAGGAUUUUUCGUAAAGUCGCGGAGCUCUGUUUAUUCGGUCACUCGGGCGUGGGAUUCCGUCUCGUGAUUUUCAUCCCCUAUAACGGCAACAUUCGAAAUGUUUCGAUCAGUCAAAGUCAGUGCCAGUGCAGGUGUCACAAUUUCAGUCAACGUCUUUCCCGUUCGGGACGAUGGCGAAAGACUAUUACGCCAUUCUGGGCGUACCCAGAACCGCCACCGAAGACGACAUAAAAAAAGCGUACAGGAAACUCGCCCUCAAGUACCACCCGGACAAGAACAAAUCGCCGGGAGCGGAGGAAAAGUUCAAGGACGUCGCCGAAGCUUACGAGGUGCUAUCCGACAAGAGAAAGAGAGAAGUUUUUGAUCAGCACGGCGAGGAAGGUCUCAAAGGAGGAGCUCCCAGGUUCCAAGGUAACACCGCCUUCUACACGUUCCACGGUGAUCCCAGGGCCACUUUCGCUCAGUUCUUCGGCACUGCGAACCCUUUCGACGAUUUUUUCGGUUUCGAUACCAACGACUCCAACGCAUUCUUCGCUGUUAGCGGGACGACGACGAGGCGUCAGGACCCCCCAAUAGAAUACGAUCUCUACGUGAGCUUGGAAGAAGUGCUAAGAGGUUGCACCAAAACAAUGAAAAUCACUAGAAACGUUUUGAAGGCAGACGGGAGGGUGCGGAAGGAGGGCAAAACGCUGACUGUUAACGUCAAGCCGGGAUGGAAGGCCGGUACUAAAAUAACCUUCCCGAGGGAGGGCGACCAAGGUCCCAACAGAAUACCCGCAGACGUGAUCUUUGUAAUUCGCGACAAACCUCACCACACGUUCAAGCGCGACGGCAACGACCUGCACUACGUCGCUAAGAUUACCCUCAAAGAAGCUUUAUGCGGGGCUACCGUGUCGAUACCCCUAUUGGAGGGCGGUAAAACCAAUUUGAGUUUCGCAGACGAAGUCGUAAGGCCAGAAACGAUCAGGCGAGUCAAAGGUCACGGACUACCCUCGCCAAAGGAGUCGGGAAGGAGAGGGGAUUUGGUCGUGAGCUUUCAGAUAUCAUUUCCCGAUACGCUAGGUACCAGCGCGAAGCAAAAGCUGCGAGAUAUUUUACCUUAGUAAGAAUUAAGCGUUUGGAAGUAGCGUUAAGUGAACUGUGCGGCCGCCACUGUUUGGCAAUAAAUUAGUUUUCCACUGCUGCGUUCUUCCCGUUUAGUUUGUGGUUUUGUCCGUUUAAGUAGGUCAGAAAUAUAAACCGGGCAAUGUUCGAGUGCCGAUAUGCGGCCUCCCGCAGAUAGGAAAUUAAAUUUCCCC